AUGCCAGCUGAAAACGGCCAAAUUGUCACCCGUUCCACCUCCGCAUCAGACAAGUCGCUAUUCAACCGCGACGAUGUUCUACAGUGCGACAACGAAACUCUCUACGACCGAACCGUAGUCUUCGCAACUCAACUCGCUAUCCUAGGCUACACCGACACGGCGUUACGCCUCGUCGGCAAGCUCAAUGUAUACGAUUGGUACCACCCUUAUCGAGCUCGACUCCGGCCUCUUUACAUCCUCUGGGACGUGAUUGGGCAAUGGCCCGAGGGCGAGUUGAAGCGCGUGAGAAGGGAUAUGGAAGAGGGUAGAGCACGCACCGCGAAAGAGAAGAUCGGUGAGGAGACGGGGAAGAGGCGCAGAUUAGAGGUCGACGACAGUCCCAUCAUAGACGCAGAUGUUGAGAAGUAUGUAGAUGAACAGUACCGGAGUUACGCAUCUUGUUGGUGGUAUCCUGAGCUGCCGUAUUUGUGCGGGGAGAAGGUGCCGCCGAGUCCGCAUGAUGUGAAUGUUGAACGCUCGGCGGAGGAGGUAAGAAACAGUAUGCGGAAAUUGAUUGGAGCGGUGCGUGGUGAGGAGGGAUAUCAGAGGGAAGAAGGGAAUGACGCGAAUCGAGUGAACCCUUCGACGGCGCUGGUGAGUGCUCUGGAAUUGAGGAUCAAGCUACGAGAGAUGGGCGAGCAGGAUGAUGAUGAUGAUGACAUGCCCAGCGAAGAAUAUAUCUUGAGUAUGAUUGCGAAAGACUUGAAUGGACAUGGUCAGAUAGAAGCUCUGAUGCAAUCACGACGAGCAUGGCAGUUACUCAAGAAUGGAGCACUCCUGAGGUUGCUGAGGCUGAACAAAUCGAAAAUCGACUGCUUUGCAUCGCAGCUCGAGGCUGCUGUGACUGAACGCAUGGACAAGGGAAAACAGCCACCUCCCACACGACCAAUCAAGGAGAUUCUCGAAGCUAUCAGCACAAAUACCCGCACGCACCCAGACUCCAUCGAAUUGCACGAAGAAAUGGACCAGCCCAUUCCUUCCACAAUCCUCCACCCCCCAGCCCCCGAGUCUUCCAUCUCAGCCACCGAGAAACGUCUCAACACGUCCCUCCCCGCAGACUACAAGUCCUACCUGCUUCUCUCAAACGGGAACGACGCGGCUUUUGGCGGCAUCAUCAACGAAGCCCCAUUGUGGAAGUGCGAAGACAUACGCUGGCUGCGCGACGACGAGGACUACUUCUCAGACCUGCACAUCGACAUUCCCGCAGACAUGUCCACAAUCGCAUACCAAGUGUCUGGCGACACGACCGACUGGCCAACGAUGGGGCGGAGCAUAGUUAUCGGGCAGGAAGAUGUGGAUACCACGUUCCUCAUCACGCCAGACACUGUCGCGCGGGUUAAACAAAAGGUGCGCGAGAUUUUGGACAGCAAGGUGAGCGAGGAGGUUAAGAUUAGUGUCAGGCGCGCCGUGCAAGAUUUUGCGGGGGGUAUGGAUGUGUGGGAGGGGCUGGAGUGGUGCGUUGUUGCGAUGAAGGACGAGACGAUGAGGACAUAUUGUAGCUUCGAGGGGUAUUUGAGAGCGGUGGAGGAGGGGGGGAGAGAGUUGGGAAAGGAUUGUUGGAAUGUGGAGAGUGGGGAGUUCUUUGGCCGUGCGAUUGACCUCGAGAAGCUCUCUUUUUGCCUCUUCAAGACCAAUUGGGUCCUCGUAUUGCAAUAUGUAGGCUACAAGUGUUCUUUCACACUCCGCCGCACCCCACCACCGCAAUGCCUCUCCCACGCCACGCGAUGCUUCUCCAUAAGCUCCACCCUCCACAAGAAAGCCGGCAAAGCCAACAAAUCCCACGCGCAAACCGACUCCUCCCCGCCCGUCACCAACCCCGGCCAACCCACAGCCACCGACGAAGCCUACGACGUCUCCAACCUCGAAGCGCAGAUCCUCAAAGCGAUUGAGAAACUCACACAUGAGCUGAGCCAACUACGUGGCGGCGGCAAGCUCAAUCCCGAAGUCGUCGAGAGCCUGAAAGUCCAGCUGGGCACGGCGGGACAUGGCAAGGAGACGGUGAAGCUGGGCGAUAUCGCGCAGGUUGUACCCAGGGGACGCAUGAUUAAUGUUGUUUGUGGGGAGGAAGACCACAUCAAGCCCAUAACCACCGCCAUCGCCUCCUCCCCUCACUCCCUCACGCCCCUCGCGCCCGACGCUUCCAACCCGCUGACAAUCCAAGUCCCGCUGCCCCCGCCGACAGGCGAGUCGCGCCAGGCGGCAGUCGACGCGGCGGUCAAGGCGGCGGAGAAGGCGGAUAAGAUGAUUCAGGUCGCGCGCCAGGAUCACAACAAGCGGCUGAGGAAGUUCGAGGUGAAUCGCGAUGUGCUCCCGGAUGAUUUGCAGAAGGCGAAGAAGAGGAUGGAGGAGGUGGUGAAGAAGGGGCACACGGAGAUUAAGAGGAUUAGUGAGGGGGCGAAGAAGGUGUUGCAAGAUCAGUAGAAAAUGCACUAUCCAUGUCCAA